GCCGAGGACAGCUGUACAUUUGAUUUAAGCGUAGCUUCAACUCCAUAACAGUCUCUCUCUCUCCUCUUUCUCAUACGCUGGAGAAAACAAAAGGAAAGCGAAGUAAAACAGAAAGAGACCAUCUCUGACUCACUCCGGAAGAUCCAAAGCUUCAAAGCAAAACCCAGAUUUUCCUUCCUUUUCUCGAUUUCUUAUCAGAAGGAGAGUCUGUUCAGAUUUCGUAUGCUACAACAAUUUACACUGUUUAUGGAGAUCGUUGUGAAUUCAGAUUAGCAGAAGCUUUUACGGAAUCGAACUUAAUCGACUGAGAAUUGCGACUUUUUCUUAGAUGUUAUCUCGCUUCUCUCGGGUAGUGUGUGACUGAUUUUUGCUUCACUUGGUGAUGCUCGAACUCGCGUUCUUGUGUGUCCUUUUGGUAUCCACGCCAUGCCUUAGCUUAUCACAGUAUCUAGGCGUGAGAUUAAUUUCAGAUGAAGAUUCCAAGAAUUCUUCUAGUUCCUGGAGCUCCGUGACUUGUCAGGACCUGGAUGGUGUUGGAUCGCUCAACACCACUUGCACAUUGAACUCAAAUCUGCGUUUUGAUUCUGAUGUAUUCGUGUACGGAACUGGGAAUCUCAACAUACUUGCCCACGUCUUAGUAGAGUGCCCCAUCGAAGGAUGUAUGAUCACUUUCAAUGUCUCUGGAAACAUCCACGUGGGUCAGUCGGCGAGAAUCGUUGCCGGCUCUGUGGUUUUCGCUGCCAUCAACCUGACAAUGGAUAGCAACUCGUCCAUCUACACGACGGCAUUGGCUGGACCGCCGCCUUCUCAGACUAGUGGAACACCAGUCGGCACCGACGGUUCAGGCGGUGGCCACGGCGGGAGAGGCGCUUCGUGUGUGAAGAGCAAUGUAUCGACUUAUUGGGGUGGGGAUGUUUACUCCUGGUCGUCUUUGCAUGAGCCGUGGAGCUAUGGGAGCGAAGGAGGCGUUAAGUUAUCCACAAAGAAAAUCAGAGGCAAAGGUGGAGGCCGUGUCAAACUGGUGUUGAAGGACUCAAUACUGUUGAAUGGAUCUGUUUCCGCGGACGGUGGUGAUAGUGGAGCGGAAGGAGGUGGAGGAUCCGGAGGAAGUAUCUGUAUUCAUGCGGUAAAGCUGAAGGGUUAUGGUAAAAUAUCGGCAUCAGGUGGGAGUGGAUGGGGUGGAGGUGGUGGAGGAAGGAUCUCCCUUGACUGUUACAGCAUACAAGAAGAUGUCCAAGUUCUUGUGCAUGGUGGUGCAAGUAUCGGGUGCCCCAAAAAUUCUGGAGCAGCGGGAACGUACUUUAAUGCACAGUUAGUGAGUUUAAGGGUUGGAAAUGAUAACAUGACUACAGAGACAGAAACUCCUUUGCUCGAUUUUCCUACAAGGCCUCUGUGGUCAAACAUCUAUGUUGAUAAUCAUGCAAAAGUUUUGGUUCCGCUGCUGUGGACCAGAAUGCAGGUUUUUGGUGCAUUACGACUUGUUACGAAAAUGCUGCUCAUGUUGAAUUCUGUGAUUCAAAUCGAUGGUGAAGGAAACCCUGCAGUGCCUUCCUCUGUCCUUGAAGUUCGCAACCUUGCAGUUCUAACGGAAAAUUCCGUCAUUACUUCCAAUGCGAACUUGGGUGUAUAUGGUCAAGGAAUGUUGACGCUCACCGGUCCUGGGGAUGCAAUCAAAGGCCAGAGACUUUCGUUAUCUCAGUUUUACAACAUAACCGUUGGACCAGGUUCUAUCCUUCAAGCACCACUUGACGACAGUGAAAGCAAAAACGCGGUUACUCAUGGCCUUUGUGAGAGCAAGACAUGCCCAAUAGACUUGAUUAGUCCACCGGAUGAUUGCCAUGUCAAUUAUACACUAUCCUUUUCUCUUCAGAUAUGUCGAGUUGAGGACAUUCUUGUGAGUGGACUUGUAAAAGGAAGCAUAAUUCAAAUCCACAGGGCAAGAACGGUAGUAGUUACCGAUGAAGGCUUGAUCACUGCAUCUGAAUUUGGUUGCAGUGGUGGCCUGGGGAAAGGACUUUAUUCAAAUGGAGCUGGUAGUGGUGCUGGGCAUGGAGGGCGAGGGGGAUCAGGCGUUUUCAAUGGGAGAGUGUGCAAUGGAGGUCACACCUACGGCGAUCCGGAUUUUCCCUGUGAGUUAGGGAGCGGAGCUGAAAGUCCAGAUAAUUCAUAUGGAAACGUGAUUGGUGGAGGGAUGAUUGUGAUUGGCUCCAUCCACUUUCCUCUUUUGACACUUAAUCUGCGUGGAUCUCUAAGCUCUGAUGGCCAAAGCCUUAGAGAGCCAAUAGCGGAUAGUAAAUUAUCUUUGGUCGGUGGAGUUGGUGGAGCAUCUGGUGGGACGAUUCUUCUUUUCCUUCAGAGGCUUGAACUCUCAAAGAAUUCAUCUCUAUCAGUUCAAGGGGGUCGAGGUGGCCCUCUUGGGGGUGGUGGGGGUGGAGGUGGGAGACUUCACUUUCACUGGGACAUGUUACACACUGGUGACGAGUAUUUUCCUGUUGCAACCGUUAAGGGGUCCAUUACUAAUAGAGGAGGUGCAGGGGACAAUGGAGGCCGUCAUGGGGAAGAGGGAACGAUGACUGGAAAAAAGUGUCCAAAGGGACUCUAUGGUACAUUUUGCUUGGAAUGCCCCAUUGGCACUUACAAGAAUGUUGAAGGCUCUGACAGACGUCUUUGUACACCCUGCCCACCCGAGCAUCUUCCAAAUCGUGCAAAAUUUGUAUACGUGCGAGGAGGAGUUAGCGAACCUGUUUGUCCUUACAAAUGUGUAUCUGACAAGUACAGAAUGCCAAACUGCUAUACACCUCUGGAAGAGCUUGUUUAUGCAUUUGGAGGGCCAUUGCCCUUUGCUCUUCUUCUAUCUUGCGUGGUGGUAGUUUUGGGUCUGUUGCUAAGCACAUUAAGUAUCAAAUUGCUCAGACUAAGUUUCUAUGGUGCGAGUUCCAUCGAAAACCAGAGUGCUCAUUGUUUGCCCCAUCUUCUCUCACUCUCCGAGGUUCGAGGCGCAAAAUCUGAUGAUACCCAAACCCAUGCUUACCGUAUGUACUUCAUGGGUCCAAACACUUUCAGGGAACCAUGGCAUCUGCCUUACUCUCCUCCUGAUGCAAUCAUCGAGAUAGUGUACGAAGAUGCUUUUAACAGAUUUAUUGAUGAGAUCAACUCUACAGCGGCAUAUGAUUGGUGGGAAGGGUCUGUGCACAGCAUUCUAGCAGUUCUCGCAUAUCCUUGCGCCUGGUCUUGGAAACAAUGGCGUCGCAGGAGAAAAAUUCAUCGCCUUCAGGAAUAUGUAAAAUCUCAAUAUGACCACUCUUGCCUCCGCUCAUGCAGAUCUAGAGCUCUCUACAAAGGCAUGAAGGUUGGAGCCACUCCUGACCUGAUGGUUGCAUACGUAGACUUUUUUCUCGGUGGUGACGAGAAGCGUGUAGAUAUGGUCUCUAUAAUACAGAAAAGAUUCCCAAUGUGCAUACUGUUUGGUGGCGAUGGAAGUUAUAUGUCACCCUAUAGUCUUCAUAGUGACGCACUGUUAACAAAUCUUCUUGGCCAGCACAUCCCACCAAGUGUUUGGCACCGCUUUGUCGCCGGUUUAAAUGCACAGCUCAGGACCGUGAGGCAUGGAUCAAUUCGUUCAGCAUUACUUCCUGUCAUUAGGUGGAUAAACAGCCACGGAAAUCCUCAGCUCGAAUUCCACGGAGUAAGAAUCGAACUUGGGUGGUUUCAAGCUACAGCUUCUGGAUAUUACCAACUUGGUAUAUUGGUUUUUGUUGGCGAUUUUCCUCUGAACUCUGUAGACCGAUCAAUUUCAUUCAGCAGAAGUGACGACGAGUCCCCUCGGAACAGCUCUGCAUGUCCCAGCAAAUCGCUUAUCGAGUUGCAACAAAACUUGAUCCAACCAGGACAUGGAUUAUCUCGGAAGAGAAUCAAUGGUGGAAUCAAUGGAGGACUCAUCAAUGAGAUUUCAAUAGAAUCUCUAGAGUACAGGAGGGACUUACUAUUCCCGUUUUCUCUCUUACUGAACAAUACCCGACCCGUUGGUCGUCAGGAUACUCUUCUACGUCUGAUAUCCAUCCUUCUUCUUGCGGAUCUUUCAGUUACGCUUCUUGCAUUGCUACAGUUCUAUUGGCUUGCCCUUGCAGCUUUUCUCGCUAUUCUCCUGAUUCUCCCUCUUUCUCUGCUUUGCCCUUUCCCCGCCGGGCUUAACGCUUUGUUGAGUAAAGAAAUGAGAAGAGCUUCACUUACUCGUAUCUACGCUCUUUGGAACGCUACAUCUCUAACAAACGUCAUUGUGGCUUUUAUUAGCGGUAUCAUUCAAUCUGGGUUUUUCUCUGACCAACUUAAUGAUAGGACAAACAUCUGGAACGCCAUAAGAGACGAUGAUAAGUGGUGGGUGUUACCAACAAUCCUAUUGUUACUCAAGUCAAUACAAGCUCGGUUCCUUGAUUGGCACGUCGCGAAUCUCGAAGUACCAGACUUUUCUCUUCUCUGUCCCGAUCCAGAUACUUUCUGGGCAUAUGAAGCUGGAGCUUGACUGACCAUCCGAAGAUGAACAAAAAUUAUUUUAAAGAAACCAAGGAAAAAGGUAUAUCUUAUUUUUCAUGUAAAUCUGGUAAAAAAGUACAAGUUCUUCUCAGUGUUUAGGUGUUACCUGGUUAUAUAUUUGUGGAGUAAACUUAGGGUUUUGCCAGAUGAAAUGGUAGUUUUUAGAAAUCAGAGAGAGGAUGAGAGUUCUGUAAGUUUUGCAACGUUUAAAUUUUAGAACACAAUGGAGACCGAUUCUUAAACUUGUCCGAAUUUUCAUUAAGUUAAAUUUAUUUUAUUUGUUUGAUAUCUGGAAAGUUCAAAUCAAGCCUUGAAUGAUGUAAAUAAAAUCCAACAAUUUAUGCCCAUUUUUAACUAUUUGAAGUGGAACGAACUCAUAAUUUCAUAAUC